AUGUUACAAGAAGUCGUCACUACCGACUUAGAACAAGUACCGGGAUUCGACGUCUUCACCAACAUGGACGCAGAAACGAGGAAUGGGACUGCUAUAAUGGUGAGGAAUGGGAUCGACGUGGAGAACAUCAAGACCCUGACUGACGGCCGCGGAAUAGCGAUAAAAAUAGCUGAGACCCAAGUCGUUAAUAUCUAUGCGCCGUCAGGCACAGAAAACAAACGAACAAGAAGCCAGUUCUUCAAUGAAGAUAUGUGUGGGCUCCUCCCACACAACAAUAGCAACGUUGUGCUGGGAGGCGACUUCAACUGCGUGUCUGCGCCGGAAGAGCAAGUCCCGGUACUAAAUCUGUGCAUGGACCUGCAGGAACUCCUAAGAAAGUUGAAACUAGACGACUCUUGGCGUGUACUAUAUCCAGACACAACCGAAUUCACGUAUUACCACAACCACGGAAGAAGCAGGCUCGACAGGAUUUAUGUGACCAGGGAGUUGGCCGCCUCCGUAUCGCAUGUGGAAGUCUGCCCUGUGAUCUUCUCCUACCACUGUGCCUACAAAUGCAAGCUGCAGUUGGCAAAAAGAAAAAUCCCAUGA